GCGAAAAUCCUUUCUUGUGAUUUGCACUGGAUCACAGCAGGAGAGCGGCUAUAAAUAGAAAGAUGUUCACGUAUAAAGGAAAGCAACAUCUACUGUGAUUUUAAUGGUCUGAGAUUUUUAAGAUUGUAAGUGGGUUAGUGAGGUUUUUUAAGUUUGUAAGAGGGUUUGGUGAGUUUUUCAAGAUUGUAAGUGGGUUUGGUGAGUUUUUCAAGAUUGUAAGUAGGUUAGUGAGUUUUUCAAGAUUGUAAGUGGGUCUGGUGGGAAGCUGAGCAUCAUGGGCAAAAGAAAACUGGAGAUGACUUACAUAAGAGACAAGAUCAAACGACAGAAGACAUUUCAUAAUAGAAAAUCGGGUAUCUUCAAAAAAGCUUCUGAGCUUUCUGUGCUCUGCGGUUGUGAAGUGUUUAUGACAAUUGAAUCCGAAGAUGGGGAGAUUUUUAAAUUCGGAGAGGAUUCAAAUUUGGCUCAGAAUGGAGCUCUGGAUUCAGCUUCUUUUGCUCUUCCUCACAUUGACAAUGGCGGUCAAGAACACCCAACAGAAGAAUCUCUCUGCGCACAGAGCUAUUUGGAAAAUGCAAUUCCUGAGAUCACUUGCUGGAAUAACCCUUUCUUGGAAAUGGGGAUAGAUAAAGAUGAGACCCAUUAUCCCUCUAAUGGUUUGCAUUCUUAUUUCUCUAAUCAGAAGGAAGAAAUUAUCUCCACUGAUACUGACUGCAAUUCCGAGCUAAACUCCAUGGCGGAUUUGUUCUUCACGGAAUGGUUUUUCGACUCAGACAUGCCGUUGUAAAUUUGCUAUCAGGCAGAUUUGUUCUUCACAGAACGGUUUUUAGAUUCAGUCAUGCUGUUGUAAAUUUGCUAUCAGACUGGAACAGAGGACACAGGAUUUUUAGAUUCAGUCAUGCUGUUCCUGCAUUUUUGUUUCUGUUAUAUAGCAUUUGUGCAUCCAUGUUAUCUUGAUUCUUUCUCUCUUAGAUUGCAUUGUUGUGUUUCAUUAUUUCAUCCAUUAUAAUGUUAUGUCAUAUGUCUUUCUGCUCUA